CGGUUAUAUAUAUGCUGAAAUAGUGAAAUAUUUUGUAAUGGAUAAACAUGAGUAUUAUUCUUUAAAUUCCUCUUUUUAAUCUUUUACUUUUUAUCAAAUCGCACCUUUGUUAAUUAUACUUGCUUGAGCUGAAAUUUGCUUAUCAUUUGCUUCGCCUAAUGGAUUCAGAGGAAUGGGGCUGAUAAUUGUAGCAGAUCAACAGAAAAUAAUCAAGUGCUAAACUUGCUCAUGUUCAACUGGAAACACCGUAGAGAAGAGAAAUGCAUCACCUUCUUCAGCUAAAAACUAGUAAAAGGAUUGUUCAAAUAUCCUUUUCCUUGAUCCCUGUUUGCUCACAAAUAUCUAAACAUGUCUACUGCAGCCUCUCUGCUCCAGCAAUUCAACCCCUUUCACAAUUCCACACCAAUCUGCCUGAAAUCAACCGCUAUAUUGUCUCCUCCAACAAAAAGAUUACCUCCUACAUCCGCUGCGGGGACCUAAAUUCUGCUCUGCGAGUUUUUCAGACUAUGAAGAUGAAGAAUACGGUCUCUUGGAACUCAAUUCUAGCUGGGUUUUCGAGCAAGCCCGGGAAAUUGAGAGAAGCCCGCCAACUGUUCGACGAAAUUGCUGAACCAGACAAUAUUUCGUACAACCUCAUGUUGGCUUGUUAUUUCAGAAAUGGUGAUGUGGAAGCUGCCAAGGAAUUCUUCAGAAAGAUCCCAGUUAAGGAUACUGCUUCGUGGAAUACUAUGAUUUCGGGGCUUUCGUGGAACAGGAUGAUGGAUGAGGCUCGGGAGUUUUUUGCUGCAAUGCCAAGAAGGAAUGCUGUUACAUGGAAUGUGAUCAUAUCGGGAUAUGUUGAGAGUGGGAAUCUAGAGUCGGCAUUGGAGUUAUUCGCGGAAGCUCCUAUGAAGGGUGUGGUUGUGAGGACGAGUAUAAUAACUGGAUACAUGAGGAGCGGGAAGGUUGAAUCGGCUGAAAAGAUGUUCCACGAGAUGAUGGAGAGGAAUUUGGUGACAUGGAAUGCGAUGAUUUCAGGCUAUGUCGAGAAUGGUAGAGGGGAGGAUGCUUUGAUGCUUUUCAAGAAAAUGAUGGAAUUGGAGAUUCAAGGCAAUCCAUCAAGCAUGAGCAGUGUCCUUUUAGCUUGUAGUAAUUUUUCCAUGUUGAAAUUGGGGAAACAAAUCCAUCAGCUUGUUUUCAAGUCCCCUAUCUGUUUCGAGACGAAAGUGGGGACUUCAUUAGUCAGCAUGUAUUGCAAGUGUGGGGUUCUUGAAGAUGGAUGGAAACUAUUCAUGGAGAUGCGGCUUAAAGAUGUGGUUACAUGGAAUGCAAUGAUCUCGGGCUAUGCCCAUCACGGGGUCACCCACAAAGCUCUCGAUCUAUUUAAAGGGAUGAGAAACCAAGGAAUGAAGCCGAAUUCGAAUACCUUUAUUGGAGUUUUAUCUGCCUGUAACCAUGCAGGGUUAGUAGAAUUAGGGGUUCAUUAUUUUGAAAAAAUGCAGAAGGAUUAUGGAAUUGAAGCAAAAUCGGAGCAUUAUGCAAGUAUGGUAGAUCUUCUUGGUCGAGCUGGUAAGCUUACCGGUGCUCUGGAUUUAAUCAAAAGAAUGCCUUUUGAGCCUCAUUCUGCCAUGUAUGGAUCCCUUCUAGGUGCUUGUAGGGUUUAUAAAAACUUAGAAAUUGCUGAGUUUGCUGCCACAAAAUUGCUUAAUCUCGAACCUAGUAAUCCAUUUGCAUAUGUGCAACUUGCAAAUGUGUAUGCUGCGAAGAAGGAAUGGGACAGUGCUUGUAGAGUUAGAAGGGCAAUGAAGGACAUUAGAGCCAUUAAAACACCUGGAUAUAGCUGGAUUGAGAUCAAGAGUGUGAUUCACGAAUUUAGAUCAGGAGAUGGGCUUCAUCCUGAACUGAAAAACAUACACAGAAAACUUAACGAGCUCGAGAAGAAAAUGAAGCUGGCAGGAUAUGUGCCUGAUCUUCAAUCUGUCUUGCACGAUGUCACAGAGGAUGAAAAGGAGCGGCUACUUCUUCUGCAUAGCGAGAAACUGGCCAUAGCCUUGGGGAUAAUAAGCCUGCCACUGAGUGAGCCUAUUAGGGUCUUCAAGAACUUGAGAGUUUGUGAUGACUGCCAUUUAGCUACGAAAUAUAUUUCAGCAAUAGAAGAUAGAGAGAUAAUAGUUAGAGAUACAACGCGGUUUCACCAUUUUAAAAAUGGAAAGUGCUCUUGUGGAGACUACUGGUAAUACUUCGAAGCUGUCGGUGAAGCUCAUUCCAUGGCUUUUUUUUACCAAGUGGGCAAUAAAGCUAAUCAUCAUAUGGUUUCAAUGAGGCAUGGGGUUGACUUGCACGAUCGAAAACUCCUUUGAUCUCCACCAAUUGGAAAAUAGGCCGAUGGAUAUAUUCUUCUUCAUUUAAGUAUCUCUUGGCUUACUGCAUAUGGGGGUUUCGAAGAGAUGAAUGAAGAAGAUAAAAGUUCUCAGAUCAAAGAAGCAUGAAAAGAUGGAGAGGCACACUUCGGAAUCAUGACAUUUGCAAAUGAGUUCAAAAAAGCAGAGUAUAUAGUCUGAGUCCGAAGCACGAGAGCCCACAUCUGAGAGCAAUGGGCAGGCAUCAAGAUGAGAAGCCGGCCUCAAAAAUGAGGCAGACGAUGGCACGACUGUUUGUACCCAACAUAUAUGAAUAUGAUUAUGGAAGCUGAUGAAUACCAAAGAAAUGAAGAGGGAGAUGAUGUGGUUCGUGAUCAAAAAGUUGGUGUGGUUCGUGAUCCAUAUCAAGUUCCUGUUGGUCGAGGUACGAGGGCUCGAGCAAAGAAAUUCACGUGCUUAAUGGGCUCAUUCAUGAAGUUUGAGUUCAAGAAUUGUCCGAGAGGCCCAUUAAAUAAGACGAGAAGGUGCCAAAGCGUCUUUUGCCCGUCCGACUCCAAAAAUUCGAGUAAUUGACUAAAUUUUUUUGAAUUCUAAUUUUUUUAGAAUUACAUGUAACUUUUUCACCCAGAAAAUAUAAUUGGUGAAAAAUCAAGGCUCGAUUUCCCUUUCAUUUUUGCCUUGUGGAUUUAAUUUCAUUAUGAAUGCAGUAAAUUUAUACA